AUGUCGCAGGAUCAUCGCAAGCUCAACUACAAGCUUAUAAGCCAAAGCAUCAAAACACUUGUGCAUGCGGAUGCCUCGGUAACGCCAAAAUUGAUCAUUGCGCACAUUAAAGAAAAGUUUAACUACACAACCACGUAUCGAAAGGCGUGGUUAGCAAAGAACGCUGCCAUCGAAUCUAUUUACGGCAAAUGGGAGGAAUCAUAUAAUGAUCUUCCGCAAUGGUUGAAUGUGAUGAAGGAGACAAUGCCAGGGACCGUCUUCGAUUUAAAAAUGCAAAUUGGCGAGAAUGGAGAGACACAAUUUCAUCGUCUAUUUUGGGCCUUCGAUCCAUGCAUCCAUGGGUUUAAGUAUUGCAAACCAGUUGUCCAUGUCGACGGGACGUGGUUGUAUGGCAAGUACAAAGGAACAUUGUUGCUUGCGGUAGCACAAGGUGGAAACAACAAAACGAUUCCAAUCGCCUUUGCACUUGUCGAAGGUGAGACAAAGGAGGGCUGGAGUUUUUUUUUGAAAAAUCUAAGAAGGCACGUCACAAAGGGAAUAUCUGUCUGCAUGGUCUCCGACAGACAUGAAUCAAUUAAAAGCGCAUUCAAUGACCCAAGGAAUGGUUGGCAAGCAACUGGUUCAGCUCAUGUGUACUGCAUUCGACACAUUAAGCAGAAUUUCAUGAGGACAAUCAAGGAUGGAGAUCUUAAGGAUGUUGUCAAUAAUAUGGGAUAUGCCCUAAACGUACCCUUGUUCAAUUACUAUCGUGGUGUAAUCCAGGAGGCAAAUCAGCGUGCAUUAGAUUGGGUGGACAAUAUUCCGAAAGAAAAGUGGACUCAAGCAUAUGAUGAGGGUCGACGAUGGGGCCACAUGACAAGCAACAUCGUUGAGUCGUGGAACUCUGUGUUUAAGGGAACACGCAACCUACCUGUUACACCUAUAGUUCAAUCAACCUACUAUAGGCUGUCAUGUCUCUUUGCUGAUAGGGAUGACAUUGUUAAGUCCAACACCCAUCAUGUCGAACAGUUUGACCGAGAAAGGUAUACCUUCUCAGUCCGUGAGACCAUCAACUACAGGGAGGGAAGGCCAAUGGGAACUUUCAAAGUGGACCUACGAGCGGGGUGGUGUGAUUGUGGGAAAUUUCAAGCUUUACAUUUUCCAUGUUCUCAUGUCAUAGCCGCGUGUUCUUCAUUUCGCCAUGACUACACAACCCUUAUUCCACCUGUGUUCAAAAACGAGAGUGUUUACUCCAUCUACAACACAGCCUUCAAAGUAGUCCACGACAAGAGUUAUUGGCUUCCAUACGACGGUCCCGUGCUUUGCCAUAAUCCAAACAUGCGAAGACUAAAGAAAGGUCGACCCAAUAGUACCCGCAUAAGGACUGAAAUGGACGAGGAGGUGGUGGAGAGGACUCCGACACCGAGACGGUGUGGGUUGUGUCGGCAUACCGGUCAUAUUAGGAGAAAUUGUCCGAGUUUAAAUAAUCGGUAG